GGAACUUGAAAAUAAUAAGUUUAUAUUCAGCAUGGCGUCGAAUUGUUGUGCGAGGAGUUAUUUGCUGGCGAUUUUUGUCCUGUUAUCCCAAAUUAUGCUAAGUAAAUGUGGUCCUGUACCCAAUGGAACCAAUCCUAGAAAUGCUGAAGGACAGUUGAACGCAGCUCAGGCCACUCCAACAAAGCCACGUGUGCUUCAUAAAAUAAAGGAUAAAGAAGGAAUAACUUAUAAAUUAAAAAAUGAUGAACGGUGUAAAGAAGAUAUUGAAGAUCUCUGUGCAAAAGAAUCGCAAGCUGGAGGGAAUUAUGACCUGCUCUUGUGUUUGCAAAAUCAAAUUAAGGACGAUGAGUUAUCCGACGAAUGUCAUCAGGCAAUAUGGGAGUACAAGAGCAAGCUUAUUGAAAACCCUGUCUUUGAAACACCUGCAAUUGAAAUUUGUAAAGAUGAUUGGCAACAAAUUGAUGAAUGCAAAGUACUACAGCCAAAGCAUGGAGAACUAGUUCCGUGUUUAGUUGAAAACAAAAAUGCCAUCAAGAAUGCAAGAUGUAAACAUGUUAUCAAUAAACUGGCUCAAAUACUUUUCAGUGACUACAGAUUGUUGAAGAAUUUCUAUAAGGAUUGCGCAGCUGAUGUGAAAAAGUUUAAAUGUGGUAGACAGGAUGCGGAGGAAGAGGGCGAUCUACAUACGCAAGGUUCAACACUUGAAUGUCUUGAAGACAACGAGGGCAACCUGACAGAUUCAUGUCGUCAUAAAGUCCUCCGCGUGGCUGAACUUCAGAGCAAGGACUACCACAUGAACAGGGCACUUUACUUUGCUUGUAGAAAUGAUAGAGAGCGCUUCUGUGCCAAUGUUGAAGCAGGCAAUGGCAGAGUCUAUGCUUGUUUAAUGAAAAAGAAAUUCCAUGCUGAGAUGUCAAAUGAGUGUCGACAAAAGUUAGCAACAAAGCAAAAAGUUGAAUCAAAGGACUACAAGGCAAAUUUUCCACUGCUUCAAAGUUGCGAGAAAGAGAUUCAGCGCCAUAGUUGUCAACCGAAGGGUGGUUCACCCGCAGCCCUAGCGCAUGUCCUGCUUUGCUUGGAGGACGCGAUUAAUAACGGUGCAACGGUCAGCGGAUCAUGUCAACAGCACAUGAAGGAACUUCAAGAAGAGUUGAUGGAAGAUUACUCCAUCAACCCAGCCAUUGUUGCCAAGUGCGACACAGAGAUCAGAACAUACUGUGGUAAAGUUGAAAAAGGAGGAAAAACCCUGGAUUGUUUGAUGGAAAAGGCCAUGGAAAAGGAAGGGAAGGACAAUAAAAUAGAGUUUAGCGACAAAUGUUACGAUGCGAUCAGCAAUCUGUUGAAGGAAACUGGUGCGGGAGGGGACUUCAAAGUGGAUGCAACACUACGUACCCAAUGCCAGUCAGCGGCGAAUAAGCUGUGUCGCGAUGUGAAAAAUGAUAUGGGCGUGUUAUCCUGUCUCAUGGAGAAUAUCGAGCACAAGGAUUUGGGAGGAUCAUGUCGAGAGAGUCUUCUUCAUUUGCAGUUUUUCCUUGCCAGAGAUUUUCAAUUGGAUGAAUCAUUAUAUCGUGCCUGCAAAGAUGAUGCGAAAAAUCUUUGUGAAAAUGAAGAAAUCGGUCACCCAGAUAAAGACACCGCCCCACAAGGGAUGACCUUGGCUUGUCUCUAUCGUCAUAUUCUACCAAACAUGAACCCAGACCCGAGUAAAAAGGUCAGCAAGCAGUGCGUGGCUGAAGUGAUGAGAACAAUGCACCAGAGGGCAACUGAUGUGAGAUUGAUGCCCCACAUACAACAUAGUUGUAUCUCUGAUCUUAGUAAAUAUUGUGGUGAAAAAAUAGAAGCGGGAGAGGAAAUCAAAUGUUUGCAAGAUAAUUAUGAUCAGCUGCAAUCAAAAUGUCAGAAGAGUAUAGGGGAGUUCACAGAAGAAGAAAGCGAGGACAUCGAUCUUGACAAAGUUAUGGUGAAGCAUUGCUCUGAGAUGGUUAAGGAAUUUUGCUCGGACUUACUCAAAAAGAACGACGUUGACGGGAUACUACCGUGUCUGUACAACAAUAAAUACGACCAUCGAAUGGACAAAAAGUGCCGCGCUGAACUCGACCAUCGGGAACUGAUCGAGCUGAAAGAUUAUCAAUUUUCCUCGAAAUUCAAAAAGGCGUGUAGAAAAGACGUGCAAACUCACUGUAUUAAUUCAAAAAGCAAACCUGAUGUUAUCGCGUGUUUAAGCGGCGAGGUUCGCAAAGCUGUUAUCGGUGAUGCAGAUCACAAGAUUUCCCAAGAAUGUAGGGAGCAAUUAACUAUUGAGAAACUUCGUCAGGCUGAAGACAUCCAAUUCGACCCGAAACUCUACGGUGCUUGUGCAGAAGAUGUGAAAAAGCACUGCGCUCACGUGCACAAAGAUGGCCCGGCUGCAGUUUUAGAGUGUUUGAAACAAGCAGAGGGCGACUUAUCUGAUGGAUGUUCCAGAAAAAUUUUCGAGCGAGAGAAAGAGGAAGUGGCCAAUGCAAAUCUUGAUGUUCGCCUUUUCAAAAUCUGUAAAAGAAUGAUCAAGAAAUAUUGCGAAAAUGUUAAUCCAAACAAAGUCCUCAACUGUCUGAAGAAACACAAACGUGAAAUGGCCGCAGAGGACGAGCAAGAAUGCCGCGAUCUUGUGUUUACUCGACAGAAGAACGCUUUGAAAGAUAUUGCACUUAUGCCUGGUCUGGAAAAGGCGUGUCGUCGUGACAUCAGCAAGUUCUGUGAGCACGUGACCAAUAAUGAUCAAGUGAUUCCAUGCUUGAAGAAAAAUAUCGAGGAUUUAUCUGGAGAUUGUGAAGAAUUUGUUGUGGAUUUGGAGAAAGAAGCGGCAUUAGACUAUCGCUUGAAUCCAAUUCUCGCUAAAGCCUGUGGCCAGGAGAUCGACAAGUAUUGCCAUGAGAUUGAUCCUGGUCAUGGUGAAGUUAUGGAAUGCUUAAAAGAACAUUACAAAAAGAUCGAAAACGAAAAAUGUCGAGCUGAAAUAAAGGAGGCGCUUAUUGAGGAACGAACUGACAUCAUGGCCGACCCAGUUCUCCACGAGGCUUGUGCAAGCUCGGUCUCAAAACACUGCGAUAGUGUGAAUCAUGGCAGAGGGCGAAUUCUACAAUGUCUGAUGCAUGCGUUGGAGAGUGGUAAGAAACUAAGCAAGGAAUGUCGUGGUGUUUUGAAAUCAAGAAAAGAAAUGUGGACAGGCUUUGGGGUCGCACAUCCCGAGUCUCUGACAGAUCUUGCCUCGGUCUUAAGUAACUCACCGCGCAAAAAUUACUUCUUCAUCGUCUUCUCGUGUGCGCUCGCAAUCAUUUUCAUCGGUGGUUUAAUUUCUGGACGUUUGACGAAACGUAUCACGCGCGAGGCGAAAAACCGCUGAGAUAUUUGUACACUGUUCGCGGACAACGAAAACGACAUACGCUCAAGGUUAUCAAAAAACAAUAUUACUUGACGUAUUUACCAUGUAGCUUAGAGAUAGGACGAACUAGGAAAUAUUGUUACAGAAACGUUGCUUUCUAAUCAUAUUUCUCAAACGCGGGUAAACAAGCUAGGAAUCUGUGUUUCUUAAUCUGUGUCUUUUUAAACAAGCUAGGAAUC